CUGGCCGAAUUGCGUGCGUGGUUUCCCGACGUCACUAGAAAUGAAUGUUAGCUACCUUAUAACGUCUAUUUUGCACUAAUUUUGUUUUAUUUUGCUUUGAACCGAACUCUUUAACAUGAGUACCAGGCCUGUAGUAUUCAACCUUAUCAACUGCAUUAUAGGAGUGAGCGUUUUAGCGAUGCCGUUUUGCUUCCAAGAGGUAAGUUGAAAUACCGGCUAAUUAAUAGAUCUUGUGUAAGAAUAAUGUUGAUAUAUACUAUAACUCUAGAUUAAAACAACUUAAAUUGAAAUGAAAGCCGAACCUAGAUAUAUAUAUAUUUUUAUUUAAGAGUGGUAAACAAUUAAAAUUUAUCAAGCUGUACGUACGUACCGUGAGAUCGUGAAAGCUUAUGUUUUCACCGACAAUUCGUCUCCGGGGAAAAAAAGGUCGAAGCGCCAAACAUAGCAUGACUUUAACAAUGAAACAUGAUUUGUUGAUGAUCUGCUUGCUCCUUUUUUGUAAAGUUCCAUUCAAGAGUGGAAAUUCCAGCUGCUUUAAAGUAACUCCUUGUAACCCACUGUUAUUAAACACUUGCAUGGCUUUUGUUAUAAUACAAAUCGGCCUUGUUGCACUCAGAGGACAGAUUUAAUGAUGUUUUUGUUCUGACUUAACUUUUAAAGUUCAGCAGAAUGUAAUGUGGCAAGUGUGAGUUAUUAACUGAGGUAUUGAUGUUCCAAAAAUAUAUAAUUAGUGUUAUUUCUUUGCUACUGUGCAAGUUAGCUCAGUAAAUUAAUAAUUACAGUGCUUUGAAAUACAGACACCUUAUAUUGUGAUCUACUACAACAGUUCCAGACACACAAUUGUUCCUCUCUUGAGCAAAGCAAUGAAAAUCCUCUAUCAAGUGGGUUACAAUAUCCAUGCAAUUGAUGACAAAACAAGUUUGCUUGUUAGUUGAACUUAAAGCUAAGAUGGAGCUGGUUUCCCAGUAAUGAUACCAGUUUUAAAAUAAUUUAAAGGAUCACUAAGUCUAUCAUUCAUAUUUGUUUAUACAAGUUAGCACUUAAGUUGAAAUAAUAUUAUUAUCAAUAUUUCUUGGGUAAAAAACCUCAGGCAUGCUAAUUUGUUAAGGGAAAAUUAUGUUGUGAAGCUUGUUAUACUUGGGAAAAAGGGGUUAGUGAUAAGCCCAGUUACUCAAACGUACUGGAGUCCUGAUGGUUAAAAAUUAGUGUGUGUAUGAUAAAGUUACCUAGGCUUUUGAAGGUCACUUUGAAGAAUUUUUUUAGUUAGCUGAUGAUUAGAUUGCUGUUUGUUGUAAAUAUUGUUGAGUAAAACACAUUAGAGUGGGGGCAGUAUUUAUAAUGAUGGCUACGUAGAGAUGUUCAGAGGCUACGUUGUUCCCCACACUAAUAAUUUAUAAUCAUGAUUUGUUUUCUAUUGUACCACCUGUACAUGUAGUGGCCCAUGUGUAAUUUAAUUUUUUUCAAAGUUUAAAUAAUUGCAAGUUUAUAAGUGGCAAUAAUAUUUUUUUAAACUUUUAAAUAUUGUUUUUUCACCCCACCAUUUUCUAGGAGAUUUUAAAAACUUAAGAGUUAUCUGUAUUAAUCCUUAGUAUUCGAGUCAAGUUAAAUUUUGUUAAACACUUACAUGUAAGAAUAAAAAUAAGCGAAAAAAGUUUUACACAACUUUUCGAUGUUGCCAUGACAUCAUUGUCAAGUGACAAAGCUAACACUAAAAACUUACGUAAUAUAAAUUAUACAGUUUCAAGUGGCAAUUUAAUUUUUUAGUUAUUACAAGUAUUGUUAUCUAUUAUCUAUUAUAAAUAUUUCCAAACCCUUUUUCACCAAGUAAGAUAGAUAGAUAGUCAUUUAUUCACCUUAAAAACUUGCAGGCGAGGACUGAAUAAUUGCGAUAAAAUUUACAAAUGUAGUGAUUUACAACUUAUUACAAUUUACAAUUUACAACUGUAAUAAUUUUUAACUAAUAAAGAAAGAUGAUCCGGCAUAAUUUAUAAUUUUAAAGCUGUUACAAAAUCACAAAUUCAAAAGCAUGCGUCAAUUUCCUAACAUUAAGAAACAAAUUACUUCUAGUUCUUAACUACUGUAAACAUAUAACACCAAAAUUCUGGAAAACUUUUCUUGCAUCUUUCAGUUUUACACUUUAGACAAAUAACUGUUCUGUGUUCUGGCUGAUAUUUACUUGGAAGUAGUUUGUGGAGACUCUGAGAUUGAUUAGAUUUGGUUAAAUGUAAUUUCUCAGAGGCGGUUCACAAGCUUAGCAGUUUGGUCCACAAGUUAUUUAGCGGUCCACAAGCUUAGCGGUCAAGAAGUAGUUUGGGGAGACUCUGAGCGGGCAUUCAAUUAGUGCAGGCUCAAACUUCAUGGCCAGGACAAGUUGUUCAUCGGCGUUUGUGCAGUGGUCUGUGGAGCGGUUCAUUUAGCGUCUUCCCCCCCAUCCCAUCCCUAUUUUUCUUCCUUCCACUGUUUGAUCAGUGUGACGGGUGCCUGGAAUGGGGGCUCAUGGCUGGGUUGCGGGGAUUUGCCAGCCAUGGGGGCAGUUUUUCUAUCUAGGGGCUGGCUGGCCACAGUGGAAGCCCCUGGGUAUCCCAGGCACCCACCUUCCACUUAAGCGAGGCAGUUGGUUAAUGCAAACUUCAUCCAACAACUUUGCCACACUUCUUCAUAUCGCAUUUUUGCAGCUUUUCUAGGUCUUCGCGUAGAUAACUUGGUACAAGGCGAUGAAAAACUGGGCUGCCGUACUCCAGACUAGAGCAAACACAUGAUGUAAAAUAGAAUUAGCUCUCUUGUAGCAACAUGCGAUUUCUUAAGCUGUCUCAGAAAAUAUAAUCUUGUUGAGAUCUUUCUGACUAGUUCAGACACAUGGACAUUCCACUUUCAAUCACUCCUAAUAUUAAGUCCUAAAAAUUUCUCAGUAUUCACAGUCACUAGGGUCUGACUGUUAACACACAUAGGUUCAAACUCUGGCUCAUUCCUUGCAAAGCUAAUCCUGAGCUCUUCACAUUUCCUUUCUUUUAACUGAAAUCUUUCAUCCCUUGCUUGCCUUGCGAGAUCAUCUACCUCUUGAUGAAUCACCUCAUAGGUUAUGGUAUCAUCUACAUUUUUCCAGAUAUCUGCCUCUCUUGCAUUCAAAUCAUUAAUCAUUAUUAAGAAGAGCCAGGUACAUGUAGGCCUUAACUUUCUCCACCAAGGGAAGCCGGCUGGGAUGUAACACCACUCAGAAAAGCAAUCCUGGGCCAGUUUAACCCUCUGUCUCCUGUCCAUUAGAAAGUCAGCAAUCCAGCAUAGGAUGUGGUCCAGAAUAUCAUAAUCUGAGAUUUUAUGCACCAGGCUAUUGGGAUCAAUCAAAUUAUUGAAAUAAAAUGACUCUAAUUGUAGCCACCUUCCCAUCAGAGCUGAUGUACCAGUUAUGGAUCAUGCUAAAAAGCAUGUGCACAGUGAUUUGGGUAUUGUCCCAUAUUGCUUUUGUCAGUUUUCUUUAGCGUGGCAGGCAGCACAAAGUUGUGAAGAACAUUUUAUAAUCCUUGGUCAAACAAGAUGAUACCAGUUUUAAAAUAAUUUAAAGGAUCACUAAGUCUAUCAUUCAUAUUUGUUUAUACAAGUUAGCACUUAAGUUGAAAUAAUAUUAUUAUCAAUAUUUCUUGGGUAAAAAACCCCAGGCAUGCUAAUUUGUUAAGGGAAAAUUAUGUUGUGAAGCUUGUUAUACUUGGGAAAAAGGGGUUAGUGAUAAGCCCAGUUACUCAAACGUACUGGAGUCCUGAUGGUUAAAAAUUAGUGUGUGUAUGAUAAAGUUACCUAGGCUUUUGAAGGUCACUUUGAAGAAUUUUUUUAGUUAGCUGAUGAUUAGAUUGCUAUUUGUUGUAAAUAUUGUUGAGUAAAACACAUUAGAGUGGGGGCAGUAUUUAUAAUGAUGGCUACGUAGAGAUGUUCAGAGGCUACGUUGUUCAGGAACUGGCUUGGGCUACCCCACACUAAUAAUUUAUAAUCAUGAUUUGUUUUCUAUUGUAGCACAUGUACAUGUAGUGGCCCAUGUGUAAUUUAAUUUUUUUCAAAGUUUAAAUAAUUGCAAGUUUAUAAGUGGCAAUAAUAUUUUUUUAAACUUUUAAAUAUUGUUUUUUCACCCCACCAUUUUCUAGGAGAUUUUAAAAACUUAAGAGUUAUCUGUAUUAAUCCUUAGUAUUCGAGUCAAGUUAAAUUUUGUUAAACACUUACAUGUAAGAAUAAAAAUAAGCGAAAAAAGUUUUACACAACUUUUCGAUGUUGCCAUGACAUCAUUGUCAAGUGACAAAGCUAACACUAAAAACUUACGUAAUAUAAAUUAUACAGUUUCAAGUGGCAAUUUAAUUUUUUAGUUAUUACAAGUAUUGUUAUCUAUUAUCUAUUAUAACUAUUUCCAAACCCUUUUUCACCAAGUAAGAUAGAUAGAUAGUUAUUUAUUCACCUUAAAAACUUGCAGGCGAGGACUGAAUAAUUGCGAUAAAAUUUACAAAUGUAGUGAUUUACAACUUAUUACAAUUUACAAUUUACAACUGUAAUAAUUUUUAACUAAUAAAGAAAGAUGAUCCGGCAUAAUUUAUAAUUUUAAAGCUGUUACAAAAUCACAAAUUCAAAAGCAUGCGUCAAUUUCCUAACAUUAAGAAACAAAUUACUUCUAGUUCUUAACUACUGUAAACAUAUAACACCAAAAUGCUGGAAAACUUUUCUUGCAUCUUUCAGUUUUACACUUUAGACAAAUAACUGUUCUGUGUUCUCUCAGAGAGUAGGUUGGCUGAUAUUUACUUGGAAGUAGUUUGUGGAGACUCUGAGAUUGAUUAGUGCAAACUUCAUCCAACAACUUUGCCACACUUCUUCAUAUCGCAUUUUUGCAGCUUUUCUAGGUCUUCGCGUAGAUAACUUGGUACAAGGCGAUGAAAAACUGGGCUGCCGUACUCCAGACUAGAGCAAACACAUGAUGUAAAAUAGAAUUAGCUCUCUUGUAGCAACAUGCGAUUUCUUAAGCUGUCUCAGAAAAUAUAAUCUUGUUGAGAUCUUUCUGACUAGUUCAGACACAUGGACAUUCCACUUUCAAUCACUCCUAAUAUUAAGUCCUAAAAAUUUCUCAGUAUUCACAGUCACUAGGGUCUGACUGUUAACACACAUAGGUUCAAACUCUGGCUCAUUCCUUGCAAAGCUAAUCCUGAGCUCUUCACAUUUCCUUUCUUUUAACUGAAAUCUUUCAUCCCUUGCUUGCCUUGCGAGAUCAUCUACCUCUUGAUGAAUCACCUCAUAGGUUAUGGUAUCAUCUACAUUUUUCCAGAUAUCUGCCUCUCUUGCAUUCAAAUCAUUAAUCAUUAUUAAGAAGAGCCAGGUACAUGUAGGCCUUAACUUUCUCCACCAAGGGAAGCCGGCUGGGAUGUAACACCACUCAGAGAAGCAAUCCUGGGCCAGUUUAACCCUCUGUCACCUGUCCAUUAGAAAGUCAGCAAUCCAGCAUAGGAUGUGGUUCUGAAUAUCAUAAUCUGAGAUUUUAUGCACCAGGCUAUUGGGAUCAAUCAAAUUAUUGAAAUAAAAUGACUCUAAUUGUAGCCACCUUCCCAUCAGAGCUGAUGUACCAGUUAUGGAUCAUGCUAAAAAGCAUGUGCACAGUGAUUUGGGUAUUGUCCCAUAUUGCUUUUGUCAGUUUUCUUUAGCGUGGCAGGCAGCACAAAGUUGUGAAGAACAUUUUAUAAUCCUUGGUCAAACAAGAUGAUACCAGUUUUAAAAUAAUUUAAAGGAUCACUAAGUCUAUCAUUCAUAUUUGUUUAUACAAGUUAGCACUUAAGUUGAAAUAAUAUUAUUAUCAAUAUUUCUUGGGUAAAAAACCCCAGGCAUGCUAAUUUGUUAAGGGAAAAUUAUGUUGUGAAGCUUGUUAUACUUGGGAAAAAGGGGUUAGUGAUAAGCCCAGUUACUCAAACGUACUGGAGUCCUGAUGGUUAAAAAUUAGUGUGUGUAUGAUAAAGUUACCUAGGCUUUUGAAGGUCACUUUGAAGAAUUUUUUUAGUUAGCUGAUGAUUAGAUUGCUAUUUGUUGUAAAUAUUGUUGAGUAAAACACAUUAGAGUGGGGGCAGUAUUUAUAAUGAUGGCUACGUAGAGAUGUUCAGAGGCUACGUUGUUCAGGAACUGGCUUGGGCUACCCCACACUAAUAAUUUAUAAUCAUGAUUUGUUUUCUAUUGUAGCACAUGUACAUGUAGUGGCCCAUGUGUAAUUUAAUUUUUUUCAAAGUUUAAAUAAUUGCAAGUUUAUAAGUGGCAAUAAUAUUUUUUUAAACUUUUAAAUAUUGUUUUUUCACCCCACCAUUUUCUAGGAGAUUUUAAAAACUUAAGAGUUAUCUGUAUUAAUCCUUAGUAUUCGAGUCAAGUUAAAUUUUGUUAAACACUUACAUGUAAGAAUAAAAAUAAGCGAAAAAAGUUUUACACAACUUUUCGAUGUUGCCAUGACAUCAUUGUCAAGUGACAAAGCUAACACUAAAAACUUACGUAAUAUAAAUUAUACAGUUUCAAGUGGCAAUUUAAUUUUUUAGUUAUUACAAGUAUUGUUAUCUAUUAUCUAUUAUAACUAUUUCCAAACCCUUUUUCACCAAGUAAGAUAGAUAGAUAGUUAUUUAUUCACCUUAAAAACUUGCAGGCGAGGACUGAAUAAUUGCGAUAAAAUUUACAAAUGUAGUGAUUUACAACUUAUUACAAUUUACAAUUUACAACUGUAAUAAUUUUUAACUAAUAAAGAAAGAUGAUCCGGCAUAAUUUAUAAUUUUAAAGCUGUUACAAAAUCACAAAUUCAAAAGCAUGCGUCAAUUUCCUAACAUUAAGAAACAAAUUACUUCUAGUUCUUAACUACUGUAAACAUAUAACACCAAAAUUCUGGAAAACUUUUCUUGCAUCUUUCAGUUUUACACUUUAGACAAAUAACUGUUCUGUGUUCUCUCAGAGAGUAGGUUGGCUGAUAUUUACUUGGAAGUAGUUUGUGGAGACUCUGAGAUUGAUUAGUGCAAACUUCAUCCAACAACUUUGCCACACUUCUUCAUAUCGCAUUUUUGCAGCUUUUCUAGGUCUUCGCGUAGAUAACUUGGUACAAGGCGAUGAAAAACUGGGCUGCCGUACUCCAGACUAGAGCAAACACAUGAUGUAAAAUAGAAUUAGCUCUCUUGUAGCAACAUGCGAUUUCUUAAGCUGUCUCAGAAAAUAUAAUCUUGUUGAGAUCUUUCUGACUAGUUCAGACACAUGGACAUUCCACUUUCAAUCACUGCUAAUAUUAAGUCCUAAAAAUUUCUCAGUAUUCACAGUCACUAGGGUCUGACUGUUAACACACAUAGGUUCAAACUCUGGCUCAUUCCUUGCAAAGCUAAUCCUGAGCUCUUCACAUUUCCUUUCUUUUAACUGAAAUCUUUCAUCCCUUGCUUGCCUUGCGAGAUCAUCUACCACUUGAUGAAACACCUCAUAGGUUAUGGUAUCAUCUAGUACAUUUUUCCAGAUAUCUGCCUCUCUUGCAUUCAAAUCAUUAAUCAUUAUUAAGAAGAGCCAGGUACAUGUAGGCCUUAACUUUCUCCACCAAGGGAAGCCGGCUGGGAUGUAACACCACUCAGAGAAGCAAUCCUGGGCCAGUUUAACCCUCUGUCACCUGUCCAUUAGAAAGUCAGCAAUCCAGCAUAGGAUGUGGUUCUGAAUAUCAUAAUCUGAGAUUUUAUGCACCAGGCUAUUGGGAUCAAUCAAAUUAUUGAAAUAAAAUGACUCUAAUUGUGGCCACCUUCCCAUCAGAGCUGAUGUACCAGUUAUGGAUCAUGCUAAAAAGCAUGUGCACAGUGAUUUGGGUAUUGUCCCAUAUUGCUUUUGUCAGUUUUCUUUAGCACGGCAGGCAGCACAAAGUUGUGAACAACAUUUUAUAAUCCUUGGUCAAACAAGAUGAUACCAGUUUUAAAAUAAUUUAAAGGAUCACUAAGUCUAUCAUUCAUAUUUGUUUAUACAAGUUAGCACUUAAGUUGAAAUAAUAUUAUUAUCAAUAUUUCUUGGGUAAAAAACCCCAGGCAUGCUAAUUUGUUAAGGGAAAAUUAUGUUGUGAAGCUUGUUAUACUUGGGAAAAAGGGGUUAGUGAUAAGCCCAGUUACUCAAACGUACUGGAGUCCUGAUGGUUAAAAAUUAGUGUGUGUAUGAUAAAGUUACCUAGGCUUUUGAAGGUCACUUUGAAGAAUUUUUUUAGUUAGCUGAUGAUUAGAUUGCUAUUUGUUGUAAAUAUUGUUGAGUAAAACACAUUAGAGUGGGGGCAGUAUUUAUAAUGAUGGCUACGUAGAGAUGUUCAGAGGCUACGUUGUUCAGGAACUGGCUUGGGCUACCCCACACUAAUAAUUUAUAAUCAUGAUUUGUUUUCUAUUGUAGCACAUGUACAUGUAGUGGCCCAUGUUUAAUUUAAUUUUUUUCAAAGUUUAAAUAAUUGCAAGUUUAUAAGUGGCAAUAAUAUUUUUUUAAACUUUUUAAAUAUUUUUUUCACCCACCAUUUUCUAGGAGAUUUUAAAAACUUAAGAGUUAUCUGUAUUAAUCCUUAGUAUUCGAGUCAAGUUAAAUUUUGUUAAACACUUACAUGUAAGAAUAAAAAUAAGCGAAAAAAGUUUUACACAACUUUUCGAUGUUGCCAUGACAUCAUUGUCAAGUGACAAAGCUAACACUAAAAACUUACGUAAUAUAAAUUAUACAGUUUCAAGUGGCAAUUUAAUUUUUUAGUUAUUACAAGUAUUGUUAUCUAUUAUCUAUUAUAACUAUUUCCAAACCCUUUUUCACCAAGUAAGAUAGAUAGAUAGUUAUUUAUUCACCUUAAAAACUUGCAGGCGAGGACUGAAUAAUUGCAAUAAAAUUUACAAAUGUAGUAAUUUACAACUUAUUACAAUUUACAAUUUACAACUGUAAUAAUUUUUAACUAAUAAAGAAAGAUGAUCCGGCAUAAUUUAUAAUUUUAAAGCUGUUACAAAAUCACAAAUUCAAAAGCAUGCAUCAAUUUCCUAACAUUAAGAAACAAAUUACUUCUAGUUCUUAACUACUGUAAACAUAUAACACCAAAAUGCUGGAAAACUUUUCUUGCAUCUUUCAGUUUUACACUUUAGACAAAUAACUGUUCUGUGUUCUCUCAGAGAGUAGGUUGGCUGAUAUUUACUUGGAAGUAGUUUGUGGAGACUCUGAGAUUGAUUAGUGCAAACUUCAUCCAACAACUUUGCCACACUUCUUCAUAUCGCAUUUUUGCAGCUUUUCUAGGUCUUCGCGUAGAUAACUUGGUACAAGGCGAUGAAAAACUGGGCUGCCGUACUCCAGACUAGAGCAAACACAUGAUGUAAAAUAGAAUUAGCUCUCUUGUAGCAACAUGCGAUUUCUUAAGCUGUCUCAGAAAAUAUAAUCUUGUUGAGAUCUUUCUGACUAGUUCAGACACAUGGACAUUCCACUUUCAAUCACUGCUAAUAUUAAGUCCUAAAAAUUUCUCAGUAUUCACAGUCACUAGGGUCUGACUGUUAACACACAUAGGUUCAAACUCUGGCUCAUUCCUUGCAAAGCUAAUCCUGAGCUCUUCACAUUUCCUUUCUUUUAACUGAAAUCUUUCAUCCCUUGCUUGCCUUGCGAGAUCAUCUACCACUUGAUGAAACACCUCAUAGGUUAUGGUAUCAUCUAGUACAUUUUUCCAGAUAUCUGCCUCUCUUGCAUUCAAAUCAUUAAUCAUUAUUAAGAAGAGCCAGGUACAUGUAGGCCUUAACUUUCUCCACCAAGGGAAGCCGCCUGGGAUGUAACACCACUCAGAGAAGCAAUCCUGGGCCAGUUUAACCCUCUGUCACCUGUCCAUUAGAAAGUCAGCAAUCCAGCAUAGGAUGUGGUUCUGAAUAUCAUAAUCUGAGAUUUUAUGCACCAGGCUAUUGGGAUCAAUCAAAUUAUUGAAAUAAAACGACUCUAAAUUAUUCUGGCCACCUUCCCAUCAGAGCUGAUGUACCAGUUAUGUAUCAUUGCUAAAAAGCAUGUGCACAGUGAUUUGGGUAUUGUCCCAUAUUGCUUUUGUCAGUUUUCUUUAGCACGGCAGGCAGCACAAAGUUGUGAACAACAUUUUAUAAUCCUUGGUCAAACAAGCUUCACAACACACUUGUAUUUUCUUUUUCUCUUGAUAAAUUCUUCCUUAGUAAUUUAGUAACUGGAUACUCAUGUUAAAAGACAUAUAUGAUAGUAAUCUUUGUGAUUAUUUCAAAUCCCAUAAUAAUCAUUACUAGGAAACCAGUCAUCUUAGCCGAGGUUUAUUUAAAGGCAAAACAAUAAGUAUGCCACGUCAUAGAAAUUAAAUUUAACACAACAGAAUUCAGUACAAAGGGAGUUGAGUUACAGUGUAUAAGGGGUAUCAAUACAAUAUUAGUUAGUGUAAAGCAUUUGAAUUGUAUCAAUACCUUUUCUUUGAUCACUACUCAUGCAAGGUAGUUUCAUUACAGCCUGUUGCUUCUUUAGUGUCCGUGACUAAAUUGACCUCAUACGGUUCAUUUAUUUUCCUUAGUGUGGUAUUGUUCUGUGUGCAGUGGCAAUUGCCUUCAGUGCAUGGCUCACCAAAAAAUCAUGUAGCCUAUUGCUUAAAGCAGGGCAAAUAGCACGGCGAAGAAACUAUGAGGGGCUUGGUAAGUGGUUAACUAGAAUUAAUUGUGAUACACUUAGUAAUAUUAAUCAAGAUUUGUGUUUGGUUCAAAUCCAUUAAAACAAGUGCUUCAUUUUUACAGUCUUUUUUUGUCAAAAUGUCUUUAAUCUUGAUUUUAAAACAUUCCACAGAGAGGGAUGGGUUAAUGAUAUCUGGUACAUGUAAGUUCUUCCAAAACUUCGGUGUGAUGUCCAUGAAAGCUCUGUUGCUGUAAAAAAUAUUAUUUUAGUCUUUGAAAUGGACAUCAGAGUUGAACUACUUGACCUCAGGAUUAGAAAUUUUAAAUCCAGAGUUUGAAAUUACAAUAUAAAGGGCAUCCAGUCAUUAGAGACAAUCAGAAUUUGACACUGAUGACCAAACCGCAGAACAUGGUUGCCCCUUGGACGACUAUGUAGAAUUAAGCUGCUCGCUACAUGAAGAUAUGAACAGUUAUUAAGAGAACCCAAAAUUAUAAUCCGAAGUCAAUAUUUUCGCUUGAUACAUGUACGUGGUAUAGUGUAAUUACCGGUAUAGUUAUCAUCAAAUUAUUUGUUUACGAUUUGUACGUAUACUAAUGUUUGUAUUGUCUGCCAUCAUUUUUAUUUUUAUUUUUUUGUUGGUACUUAGCCCUGUCUUUGUAAUGCUUUUCGUUACUUUGGUUUGGUCUUGUUAUGAGUUUGGGCCCUGGGUUACAGACAAGUUUGAGUUAUUACCAUGUUUGAGUUUAUAACAGGAUUCUACUAAGUAUGAUAAUUUUACUUCACUGGCAUCAUAAUUUGAGAGAGAUAUUCACUAUUUUAAAAUAAAUUAAUAAAUGUUAUUUUAUAAUUCACACCACAAAUAGUAAAAAUAGCCAGGACACAUUUACUAGUACCCUGUACAUGUACAUCUAUUCAUCGAUAUGGAGGAUAUCGCAUGGCCAUGCAGAGAUUGGGAAGGAGAGAAUUUUCUUUUGAAUGUUGAAAAACAUUUCACAAGUGAGCAUGACAAACGAGUGAAAUAAUUUUUCAACUCAAGAAGAGACAUUUUGUGUCUGCCACGUUACAUGUGUGUUCUAUUUUUUGUGAUUAACACGAAUUAAAAAGCAAAACAUUUCACUUUGUUAAUGGAUUUUUGUUUGCUGAAAAGCGUGAUUUAUUAUGUAACCAUAGUAAUGAUGAUCAUUCCUCAUGCUAAGAUACAUGUUAUUUCCACAUGUGAAGAUAUCACGUUUUCUUGUGAAAGCUGACCUGGAAUUUAUUUGGUGUUUAUAUAAUAAGUAAUUAUAUAUUAUUUUGUCUUUUAGCAUUGUCUACAUAUGGAGCACCAGGAAAAUUAGCUGUAGAAAUAAGGUAAUUCCAGAUUGAGAGUUGAAUUAGCACACCAGUGUUUGCCAGUAUGUAAAAGCAAUCACCUCAGAAAUACUUGUGAUGAUUCUGUUUAGUGGUGUUCCUUAAUCAAUCCAUGAAUAAUUGUGGAAAUGGAGUGUUUUGGCUGCAGCUUAAUCUCAAGAUGCUUUGUUGUGUGUAAGGCUUUCCAUGUGUAACAGUGCUUUGACAAUGUCUAUCCACUGCCACAGUGUUAAAAAAAUCAAACUCCCAAGCAAAUACAGUGUAGCAAUUCACAGGGCUUGUUCACUGCUAUUUUGUGUAAUGUGUUAAAGUUUUAUUAUCACAACAAAGUCCGUGAGUCGGACUUUGCUGGAGUUCAUUGGCCAAAAAUGAUAAAGAUGAACAUCUCUUUGACCCAUUCACUCCUGAACAACCCGUAACUGCCUGUGUAGAUGAUCCUUGUCCGUUGUACCAUUUGAGACAUUGUCAGUUUUAACAAUCAUAGACAACUUUGACACCUAACUUGUGCAGGAGAGAGGGAUCUUUCAAAACCAUACACAAAUGAGUAGGAUUCAGUCAAGCAGGCCAGGGAAAAAAUGAAAAUUGACCUGAAAAUUUAAUGAAUAAUUGAUGGUCCACUACCGACCUUCUUUGACAUAAUCUUUCAAUUUUAAAAGUUUUCUCAAAACCUGAGUCCUAGUAAAUUCCCAGAAAGAGAAAUGACAGGGAAAGGUCAAAGAGAAGCACAAGAAACGGGGAGGCGAGAAAGCGAACCAUCUUAAAAUUUUGCCUUCUGUGCAUCCCUGAAAUUCAGAAGCCACAGUUUAGCUUGAGGAACAGAAGGCAUUGUAGUGCUGAACUUGUAAACAAAAUGGGGGGGGGGGAGGUCUGAAUCUUUUGGCAUGAUAGUGACCAGAAAAAUAAUGGUUUGACUAGGUGUACAGUAGCUUCAAAAGGUGUUUUUCUUGUAAAAUUUCUGGGUAAGUUUCAAAGUCCAUUAUAGCUGUAAAAACUCUUCUUAAGAUGGUGCUGUGUUUGAUUUAUGACCCUGCUGUACAUUGUGGUUCAGCUGAUGACAUUAUUUAAGCCAUUUGCCUAGUCACUAACUUAUGCACCUAUCAAUGUAAAUCCCGUGAGGGGGGAGUGCGGGCAAGGGGCGGGGAUUUGAUGCCUGAGACUAUCCCCCUGUCGGGCUUUUGAUCGUGCGAAGCGACCCCAGGGUCGGGACAUUUGACUUUGACCGAUAGAAGCCUGGUAUCAAUUCAGAAGCGGUAACCAAGUCCGUCCCUCAAGGCUUUCUGAAAGUCGCGCUGUUGGAGAAAGUUAUGAAGUUUUCAUUUGUUUUAAUCGCCAUAAUCCGAUACUUUACAUGUACACUGUCAUCUAAACAGAUAAUGUCUAUUUUGAGAAAGUUUUUAUCUUCAAGUUCCCAUCUGAUUGUAAGCCUCGAUUGGGGGCUUUUUUGACACUUUUGAUUGACCUUUCGUUUCCCACCCUGGGGAAUUUGAUCAAAAAAUUUUAAAAUUUGUCAAAUCCCCACCCCUUGCCCGCACUCCCCCCCCCCCCACGGGGUUUACAUUGAUAGGUAUAUUAUCCUUAGUUACUCAUCUCUAAUGUACAAUGCAUUUGGCGUAUACUGUUAGAAAAAAGAAGGGGAUCCAAUAUGGUGUGGUCUGUCUUUCUUUAGAGAUCAGGGGAUUGGUAACAGCCUGCAGGCAAGGAGUGUAAGACUGAUUCACAUCACCAUUGUCUUCUUUGAUGGAUAAGUCAAGACAAUAAAAAAGAAUUAAUGGUUGUAAUCAUGCCAUUAUUUCAAUUAAUUUUGACAAAAAUAUAUGAUUUAUUUCCCAGUAUUAUAGGUCUUUUGAUUGGAAGCCUGAUAGCAUUCAAUGUUAUAAUUGGAGACUUAGUGCCUUCAAUAUUUCACAAUUUAAGUGGUGUCGAGGUAAGUUUCUGUGGCAUUUAGCACAUUUUUUCUCUAAACUGUUGGUACAGCAGAUGACAGUUACUGGUAUAUUAUAAAGGAUAUUAUAAUAUGGUGGCAAGAAGACAUGAAUUUAUUUGUUUGUUUGUUUAAGUGGCAAGAGCAAUGCGCGCAAACAAGCUGUGACCUGGUUUUUACCACAAGAAUGUAAAAUUCAAUUAAUUAUCCUGAACUUAACUUGGUGUAUCCAUGGACAAUAAAUAUACAUGGUAGAGAUUGAAAAGCUGUGUUUAAUGCUGAUAAAACUUACUGCUGUUCUCUUUUGUUUGGAUGUAUAUUCCAAGACCUUUCUCAACUCACCUCCCACCAGGCCUCUAUAAGUUGCUGAAAAAGUGGAUAGAAUAAGUGCUUAAUUUUCUCCAACUAAAGUUGUUGUACCUUUAAUAGUCAAUAUAAUUUGUUAGCCAGAGGUAGGACUAAGUCUUGAAUUGGCAUUUUUAGAAACUUAUUCUUUGGCUACAACAAUUUAAAGCUACAUUUUUACUUAAGUUUUGUUUAAAACUAAUUCAUAAUUUUUGUUUUAUAAACUGCCCAUGACUUAAAACCUCUGUGAAAAACAUUUUGUGAUUUGAACAUAAUAGGGUCUUUUUAGAAUUUUAAAACUUUUGAAUCUGCUGCCAUUUUGGCACUCCAUUUGUCUUUAGCAGUCUUCUCUUGGAAGUCUCUCUGAAACAAGGGAACUUUGACCCAGGUUAAGGAAGUACAUGACAUAAAUUAAGGAACACAAAGUAAACAAGUAUGGAGUUCUAGAAUCCUUCUGGAAAUUCACUUUAGUUACUGUAACUGCUGUUAAAAGGUAAAACAGGUUAGAAAGAUCCAAUUGCAGUUAGAUGUAACAACACUGGCAACCCCAGAAUGGGAUAAAAUCUUGUUUUUUGUUAUGUCUCAUGACGUCUCAUGGCCCUGUAAAUUUCCUGAACAACAGAAUGGCUGUGCCAAAAAAGUUUAGACCUAAAAAAUUCUAAAAAAAUCUUGUUUUGUUCGAAAGACAAUUUUUUUGCGAAGAGGUUCCUGUAGUCUCAACUCAUCUCCUCCCCCUCUAACUCCCACCCCUUCCAUGGCUUAUUCUCAGAUUUUCCUCCUAAGUUUUGGAUUCUGAAUCUUACCUUGAGUCUGAGAGAGGGUUUUGAAAAGAAACGUAUCUUAGCCAUGUGAUGUCCAAUAAAAACUCAUCUAUCCUGUUAUGAACUUAUUAAAAAUGAUAUUUUGUUUUACCAGGUGACUUGGACAGUUAGAGCAAUUCUUAUGACGUUACUUGCAUUUGGUGUUGGUUUACCUCUAUCAAUGAUGAGAAAUCUGAAGAGUUUAUCUUCAUUUAGUGCUAUUUCACUGUUCUUCUACGCAUUCUUUGUUGUGCAGGUAAGUUUGUGCAGUUCUACCAGGUGAUGUCAAAUGAUCAUGGAUUUGAAAGAUUACUCAUCAGUGGCUAAACUUUGCAACAAUCCUUUUUCUUGGCUUCUUGUUUUUACAGAUUAUUUUUAGUGCUUUACCAAGAAUUGUUGAAGGAUCUUGGAUCUACAAUCUGAAUUACUGGCGACCAGAGAAACUAUUGAACUAUGUACCCAUUUUUGCCCUGGCCUUUGCCUGCCAACCGUAAGUACUUUACUGGACGUCAUGGUACAAAUCAUUCUCAAAAAUCGAUAAUUAGAUUACAGUCGAACCUCUCAGUACAGACACCUCUCUAAUAUGCACAACUGCCUAUUAUGGGCAGUUUCCAAUGUCCCAACAAAUUUCUCAUUUAUUGUCUUUUAAAAAAACCUCUAUAAUACGGCCUCUCUCUAAUGUGGAAAACGGAUACUAAAUCUCCACCCCACAGAGUAAAUUCAUUUAAAAUUAACCUCUUUAUUACCGACACUGCUGUGAUCAGGUGAAUCCCAAAUCCCAAUCAGGUGAAUCUGCAUGGGGUGAAUCCCAUCUAGCUGAUGAGCUAUGCAAGGUGAUUUCAAAAGCCCAGUUGCUGUAUAGCAAACAACUACUUGCAAAAGGUGUACAGAGGGGAAAAAAAACUACAGAUAGCAUAAAGAUUUUUUCUAAUUACAUUUUGUACUUUAGUUACUGUUUACUGCACUUGUAAAAUAACGAAAGACACUUCCAGAAUUGUGCUUUACGUUACAACUUUUUACAUUCAGCAUUGCACUGUAGCUCGUUUCGUUUUAAAACAGUGAUUAAUCUGCGACUGUACUUACAGUACUUUGUAGCUGAUAUGUAUGAUGUCGUAGGCUACUGAAAGACAGUGUCUGUGACUUAAUAAAUUUAAAUGCAGUUUAAAGACAAUUGUGAGCCUGGUUUUAGCUACUGAACACUGAAAACUGAAAGUGGAGUCAUAUAAGUGACGUCAUCAUAGUGACCUCUUUUAUACGGACACUUUGCUCUGUCCCUUCAGUGUCCAUGUUAGAGAGGUUCGACUGUAGUAUUAUUCCUGGAGACAAAAGGGGUUCAUGCAUUGCAAUUACUGUGAGUUCACAGUAGCCAGAGACAAAAAAGACAUUUGUAGAUCAGCCAUUAACUACCAUUACAACUCUCUCCAAAUUUUUUGUGAGGACUGACUGUAAAUGUAAAAUCCUUUGUGGUGCCACAGAUAAGAAUACAAUCAUACAAUUGAUUCAAAUAUUAAGGUAGCAAAUUGUAAUUCAGUCCUUGUGCUUUCCUCCCUAUUUUGUCUUGUCUCCUGCCACUCCAUCCCCCUUCUCUUUUUAGGUCAUUGAUAGUCAGGGUUUAUUUACCACAUACAUUGUAGAGGCUAGCUACCAUCACUAGUGAUCUUCAACAAUUUCAUUGCUCAAAGGGGCUAUGUCAGAAGAAUUUUGCUGUUUUAGGUCAAUUCUAAGCUGCGCUGCAUGUAGUCAUUACUUCUUUUACCCAUGCCUUUACCCAUACACAAAAAGGAAAAACUCAGGCUAAUUGAUCAGAAACCUCUCAUGCUGCCCACAACAUGUCAUGAUGUAUAGUGAACUACUGAGCAAAUUGGGUACAUUCCCUUUAUAUUAAACUGUGAAAUGAACAAGACACUUCUUUGUUCUGUUUGCUUGCUACUUUUUUUUAAAAGAGGCACCAGCUUCCAUGGUAAAAGGGCAGUCCUUGUAUCAUGUUCCCCUUGCAAUACAAUUCACAUGUUUAAAUGACAUAUAUUACUUUUUUGUCAACACUAGAAUCAGAUGUCUGUAUGAUCCUAAUGUGUGUUUGUUUUAAUUACAGUCAGCUUUUUGCAUUGUAUGAGACUCUUCCUGACCCAUCAGUAAAACAUAUGGAAGGUGUUGUGGACACUGGGAUCAAUGUAGUGGCUCUCGUUUAUUUUUUGGUAAGUUCUGGCGGGCUGUCAGGAGAGCAGGGUGCAAGGAAAGUCAGUUUUACAGCUUUCCCUUUGGGCACCAAGGACAAGCAUAUAUACUGUUCCAAAAGACGUUUUGACUAUAGUCCCAAAAAAUUUUUUGACGACUAGGAUAAUUAAUUAAUUACACCAUCAGUUAUUAAUCAGUUGCUUUUUUAAUUCAUUGUAGCAAGCUAUAAUAAAGCUUAGGAGCUUUUAGGAACCUCAUUUCUAAGGUGUUUUAAAUUGUUUUUACCUGAAGAUUGUGCGGAUCACUCAAAGACUAGUCUGACUUGAAAUGUAAUGUAGUUCUUGUUUGUGCAAAUUCGUGACUAAAUUUAAUAAAUAUCUACUGGAUAACUACCUGGCACAUUUUGAUCUUGUCACAACCCAUUUUUGGCCAGUCAAAAUAUGUACACUGUACUUUUUGUCAAACAUGUGCCUUUUAGUAAAACUACUGUAGUAACUAUGAUGGUGGAGACAAACUAACCUACAGCUGUACAUGUAUGGAGAAGCCAUAUGAGAACAAGACUUUUGCUGUACAAGCAAACUAAUGAAGAAGCAUAAUCAAGUAUUUUGAGGAUAUACAUGUAGUACUAACAAGAUGCUAUCUAAUGGAUCUUGGACAUCUAAUUAUGACAUUAUAAAUCAUGUGGUUUACAUUGAUAAAUAUAAAUGUUAGAAAAAUGUAAUAGCACACGGGUUUCAUGUCUGCGCACCAGAAUGUACAUUUAUCUCUUUAUUGUAAUUUCUUGGUGUACGGUUAAAUGGUGUGAAAAACUCUGCCUGGUCAAUUGAGACAAACUUGCAUAUAACUGAUUUCAAUCCCCUUUUCGUUAAUACUAAUUCUUUUACUGGUAAUUACUGUCAAAUGAUAAGCUUAUCUUUAAUUAAUCACAAUGGUCAAAAGUUGAAUAUAAAACUGUUUCUGUACAGAAAUCUUUCUUGGGGUUCUACUCUAUUAAUGAGUUUAAUUUGCUUUGCAUUUUAGGUUGGAUUAUUUGGUUAUGUGUGCUUUUACAAUGUUGGAGUCCAGGGUGACAUGUUAAAUAACUAUGGCAAAACGUUCACCUCUUAUGUGAUUAAAGUUGGUAAGAAGCUGAAAUAAUUUAUGUAGUGUCAAAUAUUACAUACUUGCUACUAUCCAUGAUGUUUGUGCAAUUGUAAUAAUUUUAUGAUUUUAUUACAGGCUUUGUUAUGUCAGUUGUUGUAAGCUUUCCCCUAAUGGUGUAUCCUCUGCGAGCAAGUUUGCACUCUCUGAUAUUUUCUGAGGUAUGUACAUGUUCUUGACAUUUACAAUAAAUGAUUAUAAUGACUAAACUAAUAACUUAAAAACGUAAUCUCCCAUGAAAAGUUGUACAGACUUGUAACUGUUUCUUCGACAAAACCUGUUUGUACUAACCCUAUCUUUGUAUGUCAUAUUAUAAGGAUCAAAAAUUUCAUACGAAAAGUAUGGAAGAAAAGUUAAAGAAAAUAAAUUUUCAAUGGCACUAUUCUAUCAAGUCCAGUUUAAGGCAGGUUAUCAACCAUUUGUGAGUAGUUUGUAUGCAGCUGUAGACAGCGGUAGACUUAAAGCCACUUGUGACCAUUAACAAUUUCUAAGGUCAGCGACCAUCUGGCAAUGCCUCACUGGUUCAGGGUAACGCUCUUAAAUUAAUUAAACUCUACCAAAGUGAACAUGAUUCAGUUAGACAGGCCUAUCUGUACUUCUUUCCAAAUAAUUUCACACCAAAGACAUCAUGGGGCAAAUGGGUUUAAUGUACGUAGUCUUGAGAUGUUGCUGAGUUUGUGAUUAGAAUCACAGAUACCACAUUUUAAAACACUACACAUUAUCAAUAAUACAAUAUUGUAACAUUACCUGCAUGGAGUAGGGUUUCAUUUGUGGUUUCAGAGUUUAGUUAACCUAAGAUUAAUGCUAACUUUGAAUCAAAGACUUUGUAAACAUUGUGAUGCUUGAUUGCAGAUAGAAUUAUUUUUAUGACGUGUAUUUUUACUUUUUUUCAGUCAAGCAGCUCAGAGAAUUUACCUGGAGGUUCUGGGUUUAUUCAACCUGACAGAUUCACUUAUUUAACACUAACUAUCAUCUCUGGUACUCUCACGAUGGGAAUUCUCUUUCCGCAAGGUAACCAUUCAGCUUGUGUCAGUGAUAUUUUUUGAACAGUGAACUUUGCAUUGCAAAUGUGAACACUGGGAUGUAACUUUGUGGUCUCGUACAGUGUCUAUAAAGACUCGGCAGAGGUGCUGUUACUUGUAGUCUGCACUAAUUUACUUCUACUGUUGCCCUGAAAAAGAAGUGGGGAGGAAAGUGGAUGGUGAUGAUUUUGGUAUUUUUUUUGUGUUAUAGUUGAAUUUGUCUUGGCCUUGACUGGAGCUACUAUGGGGACUUUGAUAGCAUUUGUUUUCCCCUCUUGCCUGUUCUUACGAGCUGUGUCAGAGAAGACAAAUACAAGGCUUAUAGCAAAGGUAGGUUGCUGAUGCAAUGGCUUAAUGAGAUCUUGAUUUAAAGGGAAUAUCCAUGCAUUUCUGUCACAGUUAAGGUCACAAGAAAAAUUCUUAUGAAUAAAAGCAGUGGUGAUUCAAAUGGCUGCAAUGUCAUCUGUUUGAUUCCUGUUGUUUCAUCAGUGAUGUGGUAUUGGUCAAAAUAAAGGUGGGCCUGCAGAUAUUACCUGGAACUGUUCUAUAUUUUAUCAACCAGUUCAAUCUAAACUGGUGGCCGACAGAUUGACAGAGGUUGCCCAUAGAACGCUUCUGUUUCUAGCUGACACAUAACCGUCAGAUCUGAUUAAGUCCUAAAUUUGUUUUAAAUCCCAAUUUCUCCUAAAAUUUGAUAAUGCAAAACCGGAAAACGAAGUGCAAGCUGGUGUGCUGCUCAAACUAGCUGGAAAAUGUAAUGCAGAUUGCAUUCCUAUGAUGGCUAAAGAACUUCAGAAUGGCUGACUGUCGGUGUACUGUUGGUUAGUUGUCUAUGCGUCUAGUCCCUAGCAGGACUCUGGUGGUGACAGCUGCCUAAAUCUGAUCAUCAUAACAAGACAUUGGCGUUUUAAAUUGCAGUUACAGCUGUAAUCAUUAAGACUCUAGUGAUAACGUCUGCAAGAUGUUAUGGUACUUAAGUUAGAGCAAAUCAGACCCAUAGACAGUAGAGUGGAAUGGUCAUAAUGCCUGUCGGACUCCUUUUGUAAUACUAACCCUAACUAUGCUUGGAUAGUUUUAUUCAACUUACUUUUUGUUUUUGUCUCUUAUUACUUGUGCUGUGUCUUUUAAUUGCAGCUUGUGCUGUUGCUAGGAUCAGUUUGUUUUAUAGCUGGUACCUACACUGUCCUUACAAAACAAGAGAGUGGUGAUCAGCACCAUCAAGUAGACAUACACCCACCAGGCAUAGAUCCUAUCAAACCAAUGGCUUUUCACGACUCACUUCAGAAUGUUAAUCGCACUAACAUUCAAGGUGGCAUUAAAGCAGGUCCAGUUGAUGUUGAUGUCGCUAAGGUAUAAUUUGCUGAAAUUAUGUUCAAACUUCCAACCUUCUGUGUCUGUUGAGGAUAGGAAAAAGUCUUAUCUGUUAAGGCGUUUCAGGAAGAUCAGAUAGCUUAAACCUUAACAUUGCAACAACUAACAGCGAAAAAAUGAAAUGAAACCGUGGAAAUACCUCCGUCAUCAGCAUUUCCAGAAGAUCAGGUCCAUUUCAUGUCGAGCUAUUCUUCAGUCUUUUGCUAGGGUCUGGCUCAAGAAGGAUAUUCCAAGCAAACACAUAUCUCAGUUUUGAAAAAGACUUUUUACAUGUGUUGUCGAUAUACAGUUGUAUAUGCCUUAAGGUGGCUGAACACAAUUUUGCAGGCGCUCGGUGGUAACUUGCGUGACGGCGCGUGUUUUAAAUUAGACAAAAAAACAUGGCGGCGAAAAAAUCAAUGGUACACAGAAGAUGAUUUCUCAAAAUCCACUCAUUAAAAUUUUGUGAUAUUGGCAGAAUUUUUACUUUUUUCGUAUUUUAGAUAAAUGGAGGUGGAACAGAUGAAUUUUGUGACACUUUUAAUAAAGUUCUACAGUACAAUUAUAUUAUUGAUUAUCAAAAACCCGUUUGUUAAAGUUUGGUCAAAUAAAUUUCAGAUAGUGAUGAUUAAUUAUAGUAAGCUAUGUGCAAGUUUAUAGGAAAAUCUAAUGAGCGAAUUUUAUGUAAACUGACCAAAACUGAAAUUUUAAGGUUGUAUUCAAUCGUUCAUGUUGCCAUGGAAACUACGAAGACGUCACAUUUUACCUGUCAAUCAAAAUCUUUCAUCAGCAUAUUUUCACUUGCCAAGUUUCAGCUUGUGAGCUGUAGCCUUUCUCUUGCCAUGAUUUGGCAAAUGACAUAUACUCACAAACUGCCAAAACUGUGUUCAGCCACCUUAAGUCCAGUUUGUAAUAAAGUCGGGCUCGACAGGGAACAUGGUAUGUUUGGCAUAAAACACAAUAUAGAAUCUCCUUCGUUGUUGCCAUCACUGAAAUUUCUGUCUUGUUUGUGAGGAAUCGUUUGUAACUGGGGGAAGAAGUCGUCUUUUGUAAAUUUUGUUCAAUUCUCCUAAGCCAGCUUAUAAUGAGAUGGAUACUGAAAACCACUGAUGAUCAAGGAAAUACCCUCAUCUUCAUGAAAAUGAACCUAACUACAAUAGGUGCAUGACUGUUCAGCUGUACCCUCUUUAAUGAGUUUCAGUACAACUUUUCAAACCGUGCAGUGGUGUACUUAUUGUAGCAUUGUCUUGUCCCUUCAAAGCGGUGUGUUUUUUUAUUAAUAUGUACACUGUAUUUACCAGAUUGGCUUAGGUGGAGGCAUUCAACGUGGAGAUGACAAACUCAAGGUUGUUGCUAAUGAUGGAAAAUCAAUUGAGGCACAGGCUGCAGACGUAAAACCAGCUGAUGCUGUUGGAAAUGAAGGACUAAAGAGGGCUGACGAGCCUGUCAAACCAGCUGAGGGUGAAGAGAAAAGGCAAGAACCAGCAGUGCCCCAUGCUCCUCAAGAUAACCCAGCACAAGGUGCACCUGAUCAGCGAAAGAGCGAGGAUGGACAUCUAAAUGAAAAGCGUCAGCUGAUGAGUCAGGGAGUAGAAGAAAAACCAGCAAAUACUAAUGAUCAAGCAGUGAAGGCUCCUGCUGGGAAUGUCGCUGAUACCAACCAGGUUAAGGUCUCCGAACAAGAAAUCGAUGAGGAACUGAAGAAGCUGGAGCACUCAGAUAAGGUUAAUAAGUCAGCAAAAACCUAAACAAUGCCUUGAUAGUCUCAUUCUUCUGUAAGCAUUUCGCUUGUCACAAAGUCUUGCGGAGUUGCCAGAACGUGAUUCUUAAGCUAAGCUUUAGAAAAGAAAUUAAGUCAUAUACUCGUAGUAAUCGGCACGAAAGAGACGAAUAAACAAAAAAUCUCCUGAUUUGGUGCUUGGCCCAACCAUAAUUAUGAUACUUGCAAAUUAAACGAAAAACCGUUUACAUGUAACAGUUGCCUUGACUUAGCUGAACAUUUACAGACAAAUCUUGCGAGUAAGAAUUUAGCAGGAGAGACUUGUUUCGUUUGCCCGUACUAAUGUCUGCUGCUAACAGAGGGUGAAAAUCAAAUCAAGCAGCUUCUAAAAGUUUUACCUGUAAAAACAGUUUUCGUGGCACUUUAAGGAACAAAAAUAGGCCACAACAAUUUUUUUAUAAGGUUAGUCGAAAUAUCAACAUUCAUUUAACUUAUCGUCUUGACUAUCUAAUCUGUUAUUAGAUUCGACUAGUUACUCUGUAUAUAAAGAUACUUUGGUUUACUUUUCAUCUCAUGUGCUCAAAGCUAUUUCUUGUUUUCAUGUGUUGUCGUGGAGUCUGAGAGAAGGCAUACACAGAUAAGAUUGAUGGCCAAGAUGCACUGUAGCAACACAAAGCACUGGUUAAUUCGUAAAUUAUCAUUGUUACAAAUAAUAAUAAGCAUAUGAUAAUAAUAAUUAUAUUAUUAUUAUAAUUGUUAAUCAAAGAUGAUAGCGAUCAGUGAUAAAGUGAAGCAGUUUUAAAAAAGUAAAAAAGAGUGUAAAAGUCGACGUUUCGGGGUCAUCGUAAUACCAUUAUCAAGGCUAUCUAAAAAUUCUAAAAGUAACAAAUUAUUGGAAAAUAUUUAAAGCUUAUUAAUAUAAUAAUAUUGCAUAAUCAACGGUAUACAGUAUAGAUUAUUUGGCGAAACAUUACUUGAGAAAUUCUAACUAAAAAUUGCUUCUUUUAUUUGAGCAUGAGUUUCUCCAAUUCUGAGGUCAUGUGGAAGCCAUUGCUUUUUGAUUUGUAUGAAACUAAAUCUGUGUAUCUAAUAAAGCAUAAUAAUUAUUUUGAUAUUAUUCUACUGAUGAUUUUGAAGGAAAGGAUAACCGCGAUUUUCCAAGUUCACUUUGACAACAUCCAAACUUUAAAAGCAUAAAUUUUUAAUAGCAUUAUUUGAGGUUUGUUACUUAGCCUCUUAACAGUGAGUGAUUAGAAAUGAUGUUUGACUUAAUGUUCAUGUUCAAAUAAUUCUGAGAAAAAUGAAAAUAAAGAAUAAUUUUAUACUACAAUCUGUCACUGUCAAACACUUGUUAGAAUACCGAAGUAUUUGCUUUUGAACUUUGUUUAUAAAAAUUUUACCACAAAACGAAAUAACACCAUAUCAUGUACAAAUACUGUGUGUUUGCACUGUAGUUUUGUGUUGGCAAUUCUAUCCUGGUUGCUGUCAUGUUUGAUUGGUCAGUAGCCGGUAUUGUUGUAUCCUUGGCCAUCAGUCUUCGUUUUUCUUGAGAGAGUUACCUCUACUCCUUUGAGCUACUUUUGGAACUAGUUCCUCAUAAAUCCUGCUCACUUACAAUAUCCAUCCGGGGGCCAACAACAACUCUAUUUGUACCCUACAUUGAUUUACAUGGUACAAAAAAAACAAUAGAUAAAAUAUGGAGAGGGUACAGGCUGCGCAUAAUAACCAUUGAGGGCUAAAAAAUAGGGCAGCCUUACUUAGGUAAUUAAUAAAUGAUUAUAUUUAAGGGACAGGUGCAUUAAUGGAGACCUUAAGAUCCCAGGACGGCGAAGGUGGCGAAAGCGUCGCUUAGAAAGUAAAUUCGCGUUCUUUUUUUUCAGUCUUCAUCGCGAUUAUUCGUAUUCACUCAGGCAAACAAAUUUAGCCGAACUCUCCUGGAGUUGAAUUCCGAAGAACUAUAUCCAAGUUAGAAGGAGAAAGAAAAUUUCUUCGUCGCUUGCUUACGUCCUCUAUAAAUUUAAAAUUAGGCAUUUUCGGCGUAGACGUGCAGUGACGGCAAAGAAAUUUUGAAAAAAGGUGUGCUGCAAGUGCAGAGUUGUUUUAUGGCUUAUUUGAACAUUUCUUGUUUUGUUUUGUUGGCGUUCUUGUCGCCGUCCCCAUCAUCGGAUCACAAGGUCCCUUAUCUUGACGUCGAACAUAAGGUCUUACUCGCAAUGUUCAGUUGUUUGGUCAAACUCUUCAUUCUUCAUAGGUUUUAUGCAAGAGGAUCAAUUUCCAGAAGAGGGACCAAACGAAUUCGAUAUUUUCUAAUAGUGAUGACUAUGCUACCUUAUGUCUGUUAAGUGCGUGGCUUACCCCUUUUUCUCCUCACAAUUACGUUAUCGUUGGUGGAUGGCUCCUAGAUAUCCUUGUAAACACCUGAUAAAAUCUCAGAACCUUCACUUCGCUUUGCUUUCUAAAGAAACCAAAUGAUAUUAGUGGACAGUUAACUUUAUUUUGCCCGCUCCAGUCCUGACUCGACUAGUUAACCGUCUCCGGUUCAGAGAAGUAUCAACGAGUAAACUCUGCAAAGUUAACUUAGCUGAAUAAAUAGUAACAAACCAUUCUCGAAAAAUAUUUGGAAGGGCGAGUAUAAAGCUUUCAUUAAUAAAGUGAUUACAAGGGGCAGAAACUUUCAAUUUAUGUAGUAUUUAUUUGUAUAUUUAUCAAAUUAUUUCUUUCUUUACUUAUUUGUUACCUUAUUUCAAAUAAUAAAGACUUUUUUCAUCUAUGCACCAAGGUAUCGCUGCCAGAUGGUAAGGACAAAGAACAAGAUGACGCUGCUUUGCAUAAGGACGAACCACAGGACGGUAAAGAAACAUCUUUGGUAAAACGUGAUCUUCAGUCUCAAGACUCGACAAGCUUGGGCAACGGUAAAGUGGAGUCUGAAAAAGCAGUGGAGGCUAGAAAGAGUCAAGAUGUCUCACACAAAGCCGUUAAUCAAUCAGAUUCACAUAAGAUGGACAAACUUGAAUCGUUACCAGAUCCUCUUAAUACCAGAACUUCGCUUGGAAUCAAUAACAGAACUGCUGUUAAAAAAGGUUAUGAAGUGAUGAACAGCGUUAAAAUGAGGGACCUCAAAUCAAAUAGCAAACUUAACGGAAAGCAAUCCAGUUCACUUUCGUCAAAAUCAUUUAAAACAUUGCUCUCCAAAUCAAGUUCGAAGAGAACGAAAAGAAGCAGUCUUCAGGUAGUAAACGGUGUCCUAAAAUGUUACUUAUUCGUGUCUGUGUCUGUGGCAGUAAUUAGCCUGAGAAAACAGCCGACAUUUCGCGACCCCAACACUGGUUUCCCCGCGAAAUGACGUGUGAGAAACGAGCGCAUAAAUUCCAUACUGAUAUACUACUUAUUGUUGAGGUCAUUACGGAGAAAUGUCAGACCGAGGCCUUAUGUAUUAUAUCAAGGCCGAGGUCUGACAUUUCCCUGUAUGACCGAACGGACGAGGUUAAUAAGUUAUUUAUUACAUGGCCUUUUCAUCAUGGACCAGAGCCUGCGAUCAAUUAAAACCAACAACUGGUCAGCGGGUAACUUUAAAAAACACGUCACCUCAAAUGAGUUUUACACGUGAGCCCGCGAUAGAAUCAUGUGACAAUGGUCAGCGGAUACCCUUUUUGACAGCUGGCAAUUGACCUAUUGGAUGUCCACUGUUACAGUCAAACCGGGAAAACCGUGAACACCAGAAAUAUUUCUGGAAUGUUAUUGUGCUGCAAGAAAAAAGCCGGUAAGGCGUGAGAAAACUAAACCGCAAGCAAGACCGUUAAUUAGUUUGUGGUUUUGUGGCUAGUUCGCGUGUCCUGAUCUUUGCGGUGAUUGGUCAUAACACAAUACACAAUAAUCAUAACACAAUACACAAUAAUCAAUUCUGAGAUAUUUCAAGUGUUCACGGUUUUCCCCGUCGCACUGUAAGUUAAACACGGAUUGUAUAUGCCUUAGACACCUAGCUAGUAAUGCCCGAUCAUUGCAAGAAAAUAUUACCCAGUCAUUACGCGCGUACUACUGUAGCCCUAUAGUAAGACGAGUUACUACCCAGAUCUGGGUUGUGCUUCUGAUUGCUUGAAGCAAGUUUCCCCUGCUGCGCGACCAAUCAGAAGUACUACCCAGAUCUGGGCAAUGAUACGUCAUCAGAAUGGAUUUUCUGAGCACGUCUCUCAGACGUCAUGUCACGGGGAAACCAGUGGUUACGUUGCGAAAUAUCGGCUGUUUCCUCAGGCUAUGACAGUAAUAUGUAAUAUUUUCUCGUUUGAUGACCUAUGGAUGCGUCCCCAGAUAUAUGCAGUGACCGAGCAUGUUAGGUAGAGGUAGCAGUGGGCGAAGGCUUCGUUUUUUGUGUGUGUUUAUGGACCUCGACAAACCAGGAUAGCUAAUCAGAGCAUCAGGAUUCCUUUCAUCUUGCUCACUCUUAUCGCUUUGUUUCAGUUACAGUACUCACCAAUUUUCUUCACUGCUUAUCUAAGUGUAACGGUGGAGACAGAAGUGGCUUUAUUCAUGUGUUUAUUUUGUUUUCAUCAGGCUUUUUCUCUAACCCAGGUGUUCGCUUUAUCCCUGCAAGAGUUAAGCAAUUUGCUUUAAAAAGGGUUACAUUGUUGUUCGAGAGAAAUGGCAUUUGCAAUUUCUGGUGCCGUGUGUGGGAGAAAUCAGACAUUGUGUUGAUUUUAUUGUUAUAAUUUUCUUUGUUGUACAGGGAAAAGACAGAUAGCAUCAGUUACAAACAGCAAGUAACUAUAAUAGUACAACUGGCAGGUGUGUCUACAGUAACUGUUCUCUGUGGUUCAGGAGGCUUGCCAUCUUAUACUUGGAGUGGGAUAUCCUUGUAAGUCAAUUGGUACAAUCUGGGUUUGUCCGUCAUACUACACAAUUCAAGCAGAAGGUGUUCAGUGUGGUAUUUAUCCUGGACGUUGUAGUCAUUAACCUGUAAUGAAGGAAGCUUCACAAGUAAAGAAGACAGUCGUCAUAAAGGGUCCUUCUUUCAUAUUUAUAUUAUUACAAUGAAACCCUGGGUUACGACCAUCACGUUUAUGCGAUUAAUUUGUCGUUACGAACGUAUGGUUAACUGAGCCACCCGAGGUAACAAAACCACUUAGUCGUUUUUCUGUCUGGAAACGGCAUUAACGCGAUCUCCCUGUCAUAACGACGACAUUCUUUUGACCCAAACAGCCAAUAAUCAGUCAUAUCCUUCUCGGAAGCCUCGUUAAACCUCGUUAAUGCGAUGGCUCUUAGCUCGUCGCUGUUAUGCAAGUCUAACAAAGUAGAUGUAUUGGGCGAGGUUAUUUGGCUUGAAUGCUUGUUCAGAGAAUUACAGUAUCAGAGAUAUGGCCUUAAUUAA